GCAGCCUAACUGGGCAAAACAGCGGAAGCAACCUAAUAGCCGAAGGCAGAAAGAGGAUUGAGCUUUGAGCCUUGGGGAAGAGGCAGCAGAGACAAUAAUGGCUUCUACUUCUUCUUCUUCUUGUUCUCUUGCUUCUCAGUUUCUCCCUCCUCCUAGAAAGCUUUCUGUAAUCCCUUUUCACUCAACGAACUGCACACAUUUGUCAUUCCCGGCUGUUGUGACUCCAAGACAACAACCACUGUUGUUGUUUUCUUCAACCUCAACUUGUUUGGCGGCGGCGGCGGCGGCGGCGUCAAACUCAAACAACAUUUGGAAUUCCAACAACAACAACAAACCAGCUUCGUCGAAAGAGAAGGAAGUGGAAGUGGAAGUGGAUGAGGAGCUGCCAUGGAUUCAGGAAAAGGCUUUGGACCUGGUCGAGUUCACGGGCUCCGUUACCCAAGCCAUUCCCGGGCCCAGAGUGGGUCCCACCUCCUUGCCUUGGAUUCUCGCUAUUCCUCUCACAUAUGCUGGCCUUACUUUCGUCAUUGCCUUUGUCAAAACCAUCAGGAAAUUCUCUUCUCCCAAAGCAAAACGCCGCAGACAGGUCAGUAAAAAUGCCACGCUAUGCAAGUCGCUGGAUGAUUUAUUUGAAAAAGGAAGAGAUCAAGUUAAGCUUGAUGCUCUCAAGCAAAUUGAGAAUAAGACAGGUUUUGAUUUGGAAGAAAUAUUGCGCAAGUAUAUCAGGUAUACUCUGAAUGAGAAACCAUUCAAUCCUGACAUGGUAGCUGAUUUAAUUCAUCUAAGGAAAGCUUCUAUAUUAAAUGAUUCACAAGUUGCUGAGAUUCUGAAUGAUAUUUCACGACGAAUUGUGCGAGACAAAGGCCCUAUUGUGAUGGAUAAAUCAGGUUAUACUGAAAAAGGUUUUAAGAGAAAAAUAGCUGUUCAGGCCCUUUUUGGAAAGGUCUUCUAUCUGUCCGAGCUGCCAGAGUUUUGUUCAAGAGAUACCUCCUUAGUUGUCAAGGAAAUCUUCGGAGUUACAGAUGAAGAUGCUGACAAACUCAGAAUCCACACAAUCUCUGAAGCUGGCAGUCUAGAUGCACUUGAGAAGAUGGUUGAUAGUUCAAAUUCAGAGGAUGCUAGCGAGGAUUCAUUCGAGGCCUCUUAAUGCAAAUCAUAUUUCAGUGUUUAGCAUACGAAAAGGUUAAAGAAUAACAUGAUGCUGCUAAUUAAUUGUACAACACCAUCAUCGCCUCCCAUCCAAAAGAAAAUUUUAGAGGAAGUGAUUUUCAGUACUGUUACUUUACAUAUGCAAUUUACGGUGUAACUUCUUGCAUACUUUCAAGAUCCAUGAUAUUUGCCUGAUGUUUUUGUAAUAACCGUCUUAUAAGUCAGUCUUAGUGGCAUAACGGCAUUGAUGUUUAGACUGGAGAAAUUGAUAGUGAUACAUUUAGAUAUGGAUAAAGAAUCAUAUAUUGGGUUUACACUUUAA